AAUUUUGGAGAGAGUUAAAACUGUUUUAUUUGGCUAUGGAGAUGUAUUCAAAUUCAAAUCAUUCCGAUUUGGCUAUGCUGGACUCAGUUCGACUCAAUGCCUCCACCGAUUUUCUUGCCGUUCCUCCCAUGUAUUGCAGGAGCUCAAGCUUCAGCCGUUUGUAUCCUUGUUUCACUGAAACCUGGGGUGAUCUUCCUCUCAAAGAAGAUGAUUCCGAAGAUAUGCUCGUUUUCGGACUCUUACGAGAUGCUCUAACCGUCGGCUGGGCACCGUCCGAUAAUUCUUCGACGAAUUUCCCGACGAUUAAGCCGGAACCGCAAGAAUUCUCAAUGGAGAUCACAUCCGUGAAAAAAGUUGAUACGGCGGAGGUGACAACGGCUCCCGCGGUGGUUCCUCCAAAAGGAAAGCAUUACAGAGGCGUCAGGCAGAGGCCGUGGGGGAAGUUCGCGGCUGAGAUUAGGGACCCGGCUAAAAAUGGGGCUCGAGUUUGGUUAGGUACUUUCGAGACGGCUGAGGAUGCAGCUUUGGCUUAUGAUAAAGCGGCUUACAGGAUGCGUGGCUCCAGAGCUUUGUUGAAUUUUCCAUUGAGGGUGAAUUCCGGUGAGCCUGAUCCGAUCCGUAUAACGUCUAAGAGAGCAUCGCCGGAGCCAUCUUCGUCGGGAAAUGCCUCGCCGAAAAGGAGGAGAAAGGCGGCUGCAUCAGCUCCUGCUGUGGUUCAAGCCGGGUUAGACAUGGGUCAAGUUAGUUUCUGUACACGUGGUGAACAGCUAUUGGUGAGCUAAUGGUGAUGUGGCAUUGGAUUAACGUCAGCAGUGAGCUUAUGUACAAUAUUAAAAGUACAUUCCUUGAUUAAAAAGCAUUCGUUUUGGAAUAUUCUUUUAAGAGUGGAGAUAUUGUUU